CGGUGGGUUCGGAAGAGAAGUUAUCUAUCAGCGCGAGCCCCAGCAGUGCUCAGUUAAAGACAGAGAGAGACAGGCGGCGGCAGGGGAGGCACUGCGACCCUCUCGGGGGGGCAGAUUAUAACAACAAUAUAUACACACACACACAUUAUAUAUAUAUAUACACACACGCACCCAGGCCGCAAAAUAGGCCCUAUGUUUAUUCUAGAUUUUCUUUUUUAUAAACAUAUUUUAAAAAAUGCCUAUUUUACUUUUUCUGAUAGACACGUCUGCUUCUAUGAACCAGCGGACUUAUUUGGGUACGACGUAUCUGGACAUCGCUAAAGGCGCGGUUGAGAUCUUUAUGAAGCUGCGUGCCCGAGACCCUGCUAGUAGAGGCGACAGGUACAUGCUAGUUACAUUUGAUGAGCCACCAUACGGAGUUAAGGCUGGCUGGAAGGAGAAUCACGCCACCUUUAUGAACGAGCUGAAGAACCUGCAUGCUUUGGGGCUGACCACACUGGGCCAGGCGCUGCGCUCCUCCUUUGACCUGCUCAACCUCAACAGGCUGGUGACCGGCAUCGACAACUACGGACAGGGAAGAAACCCCUUUUUUCUGGAGCCCUCGGUGAUCAUCACCAUCACUGAUGGGAGCAAGCUGACUCACAGCUCUGGCGUGCAAGAGGAGCUGCACCUGCCCCUGAACUCGCCCCUGCCGGGCAGCGAGCUGACGAAGGAGCCGUUCCGCUGGGACCAGAGGCUGUUUGCGCUGGUGCUGCGUCUGCCGGGCGCCUCCUCCCUCGAGCCGGAGCAGCUGGGCAGCGUCCCCACAGACGAGUCUGCCAUCACGCAGAUGUGCGAGGUCACUGGAGGCCGGUCCUAUUGUGUCCGAACCCAGCGGAUGCUGAAUCAGUGCUUGGAGUCGCUGGUGCAGAAGGUGCAGAGCGGAGUGGUGAUCAACUUUGAGAAGACAGGACCUGAUCCGCCGCCUGUGGGGGAAGACGGUCUUGUUGACCCAGCCAGGCCCACAUCCUCGUUCUCUCCCCAGCCAUGGCACAGCUGCCACAAAGUGAUCUACGUGCGCCCCAACCCCAAAACCGGCGUACCUGUCGGACACUGGCCCAUCCCCGAAUCCUUCUGGCCCGAUCAGAACUCCCCCACUCUGCCUCCCCGGACGUCCCACCCCAUUGUACGGUUCUCCUGUGUGGACUGUGAGCCCAUGGUGAUCGACAAGCUGCCCUUCGACAAAUACGAGCUGGAGCCUUCGCCGCUCACACAGUACAUACUGGAGCGCAAGUCCCCGCACGUGUGCUGGCAGGUGUUUGUAAACAGCAGUGGGAAGUACAGUGACCUGGGGCAGCCUUUCGGGUACCUGAAAGCCAGCACUACCUUAACCUGCGUCAACCUCUUUGUGAUGCCUUACAACUACCCAGUCUUAUUGCCAUUGUUAGAUGACUUGUUCAAAGUGCAUAAACUGAAACCUAACAUGAAAUGGCGCCAGGCUUUUGAGACGUACCUGAAGAACAUGCCUCCUUACUUCUUAUUGCCAUUAAAGAAGGCGUUACGAAUGAUGGGAGCCCCAAAUCUGAUCUCUGAUAACAUGGACUGUGGGCUCAGCUACAGCGUCAUCUCUUACCUCAAGAAACUCAGCCAGCAGGCUAAAAUGGAGUCGGACCGGCUCAUAGUGUCUGUUGGUAAAAAGCCUCCCCAGGAAACAGGGAUCAAAGUUAAGAACCACUCCAAUGCACUUUCACUGGCACACCGCAAGGAUUUCAAGCAGCUCCUGCAGGGGAUCACUGGGGAGGCCCCCCUCAUGCUCACCGAUAUCAACCUGAAGGAGUUUGCAGGCUUCCAGAUAGCACUAUUGAACAAGGACCUGAAGCCGCAGGCGUACAGGAACGCAUUUGACAUUCCCCGGAGGAAUAUCCUGGAUCAGCUGACCCGAAUGAGGUCCAACCUGCUGAGAACGACGCAGAAACUCAUCCGCGGACAAGAUGAAGACUACCUGCACAGCAUCCCUGUGGCUCAGAUGGGGAAUUACCAGGAGUACCUGAAGAUGAUGACGUCACCCCUCCGAGAAAUCGACCCGGACCAGCCGAAACGCCUGCACACAUUCGGGAACCCUUUUAAACAGGACAAGAAGGGAAUGAUGAUUGAUGAGGCGGACGAGUUUGUGGCGAGCCCCCAGAACAAGCUGAAGAGGAGCGCAGGAGACCCCAACUCUGCUGCGGCCCUGAAGAGACGGAGGAGCAUGUCCCCCUUGCUUCGCCGGCCGCAGACGCCCCCCAUAAUCACUAACCACGUGGUGGGCAAGGGGCCACCCUCCUCCCCCGGGGGACAGAGCCACCAGAACUUAAUCAAACCCAUCCCACUGCAAAAAGGCGUGGAGGUGAACAGCGUGAUGGUAGUGGAGAGUAACGGGGAGAGGAAGCCUGAGAACUGGACGGUGCUGGACGGGUUAGAAGUGACGUCCCUGACCCCUGAGGACAGACUGACGGGGACAGCGGUUGAGGCGGAGUCCCAGCCGGAGGAUGUGGGGUGUCUGAGUGAGGACGGGCUGGACGACAGGCCAGACCCUGUCGCUAUGGACAGAGGGGCAGGCCUUGCUGAGAACUGUGAGGAAGGGGCUCCUCCAAACCAGGAGGGGGCGAUGGAGAGCAGUGCCGAGUCCGCAUUGCCCGGAGCACUCAGGGUUGGCAGUGUCCUGCCUCUUGAUGGGUCCAAUGCAGAGCUCCGGUCUCGGGUCUUAAAGGAGGUUCGCAAGCCAGGCAGGAAUUAUGAGACAGUAUUCCAACUACUUGAAGAAGUGAAGGGACCUCUGGAGGUGCAGAGAUACUUCAUCCACCACACCAUCAAGGAGGCAGCCAGGUUUAAGAAGCGGGUGCUGAUCCAGCAGCUGGAGACUGCACUGGAGGAGAUGGAGGAGAAGUACCGGCCCAACAGCGUGAACAACGUCCACGACAGGUAACCAGGGCCCUGCGCUGCACCUGUGGAGAAACGCCUGCCCAACAGCGGGCAAAGGCUCCAGCGCCACGGACGAACCGCCAGAGUUCGACGAAGACGGAGCGGUUUACCGGAGAGGGAGGAGGGCACGAGAGGAGAAGGGCCUGGCCAGCCAAACCUUCCCUCUCCGCCUCCCCUUUUUUUGCCAAUAUCCUGCCAGCAUAAGCCAGGCUCCUCGGUGCUCAGGAUAACCUCCGCAGUGACUGAAUGACUCGAGGAGGGAGAGGGAGUAGCAGGGGGACUCUUAGUUUCCUCACAAGUCUAAACACGUUCCAAGUGUGGGUGGUCUAGACUUCCACCUGCCCCAAGGGCUAUGGCACAGAGCAGCCACUGACUGUUACUACCCCACGUGAGGGUAAAGGUGGGGUGGGAGGAUGACAACAUUGGACAUAGGACCAAUGCCUGAAAUAAUAAAUAUUGCACAUCAGUAAGGUUACCUUGAUGAUAAUUGAAAAGGUGAGUGGAGGAUGUCACAGCUUUGCAGAAAUACAUCCCAGCUUCUUUUAAUCCAUCUCACACCCACAUACCCUCCACCGUCAUCUACAUCCAAGCAACAGGGUAGAGUUCAAAUCUGCAACUGUGAUUUUUAAUAAGACUUCAGACUGUUAAGCAGAGCUGCACCCUCCCCAGACCCAAGAGACGGGCCUGUGUCACAGCAGUGAGCAGGAGAAGGCGGGGUGAGGGUGUGGGGAUUUGUAAAGAUUAGGAGUAAUUACCCACAGCCCUGCUCCUCCUGUUCAUUGACACCAAUGAAAACCCUGUGACUCGAUGAGGAAACUUUUAAUCUACCUCAGGCUUUUUGUUUUUCAUUCUUAAUCCUCUGUCUGCAACUUCUUUUCGUUUUUUUUUCCACCAUUUUUAGAAUUGGGUCGUACAAGGCAAAGAAACAUAAAAAAAAAAAAUGGACCUGGGCAGCUCCCAACCCGACCUGACCUGACCAGACUAGGCCUUUAUUGACCAACAAGACUGUUCUAAUCGAUUGAAGCGUCCAGCAGCACUUGCAAAAUAAGGUUUCCUUUGAAAUUUGCAACAUGUUGCCUAAAGCUCCAAACCCAAUCCUGCAUUUUGGUUUUCGUUAAUCUGGUCCAUUGCAGCUUGCAGCAGGCAUGCCCAGAUCGCUCGAGCAGUUGGUACGAGGCAGAAGUGCGUAAAUCUGCGCUUUUUGCUUUUAUUUUAACGGUAAUGAUUGGCUGUAAAAUAAACAAACGCAUUGAAUGUAACUCGGUUGUGCAUUCUGUUUGCUCAAAUACAAUUUUAGGUUUUCAGUUUGAUUGAUCUGUGCUUGAUCGUGAUCACACAUCGCUUUGAGCUCAGAGUUUUGAUUUCCCAAGGUUAUGAUGGAAACGGAAGCACAUAGCUGGAUAUUUAGACGGGUUUGAUGGAAAGUGUUAAAGGUAGUCUGGGUCUAUCUGGUCAGGUUUGAACUGCAGUCCAUGUCUGUUUGGUUCGGUUCAGUUAGGCUGGUUUGAUUGUUCCAAUCUUUCCCAGUACUCCAGUACUUAAGCAAUCCGUAAUGGUUUUGUUUUUUUAAUGAAAGUGUAUUUUACUUUUUAAUAUUCAUACAAAAAAAAUAACAAAGAGAUUAUUUUUGGACAGUAUUCUUACCAGACCGUAAGAUAAAAAAUAUUUUAAAGAAAAUAAUAAACUGUAUAAAGAAGAA